AUGCUUCGUGAUGGACUGCUAUUCUUAGGGAUUGAUGAAAUUACUGCUGAUGGAAUUCUGGAAAUAUUAGAUGAAUCUACGACAAAGUUUGUUAUACCUAAUGGUAAAUCUGAAUGUUUCAAUGUGAAAGAUGGAUUGAAACAAGGCGACACCUUCUCUCCCCUUGCAUUCAAAAUUGCGCUUGAGCCUCUCUUACAAUUUUUAGAAAUAACAUAUAAUGGUGCUAGUGUUGCAAAUUAUUGGAACAUUAGUACAGGCGCAUGGAUUGAUGAUUUGAACUCAUUUUCCAACGAACUACCUGAAAUUGAAAAUUCUUUGCAUGACAUUGAAACCUAUCUUCAUGGCUAUCACAUGGAAUUAGAUCAUUCCAAAACUAACCUCUUCUCUGAUAAGGAAUGUAGUAUCAAGACAUUAUCUGGAAGUACGAUCAAAAGUAAUGAUUCUAUUAUUAUACUUGGUAAUAAUAUUACCAAUAAUACUGAGGAACAAAAGAAAUACACUACUUCAAUUAUUGAAGAAGUUAAAAGAAGAACAAACUCUAUUGGCUGGAAUUUUCCAAUACAGAACAUUGUCAAAAUUAUCAACACAGACAUUGUUCCGUAUGCACUGUACCACCUAAUUCCUCUUGCUAAUGACCAUCUAGAGAAACAAAUUGAUAAAUUCUUUCGCAACUUUAUAUGUGAAAGAUUAAGAACCAAGAGAAAAUUAGCUCUCGAGUGGUUUUAUACUCAUCAAGACAAAGGUGGACUUGGAUUAAUUUCUGUUCAAGAAAUGAGUUACUCGGACCUAAUGUGUAAAGUCAGAAAGUUCCUUGAACAAUAUGAUAUUUGUCUUGGAUAUUCUACAAGAUUCCUUUGUGAACGAAUCAAACAGGAGCAUGGUUUUGACAUCCUCAAUGAUCCAAUCCCUACUUGGUAUAAACCAGACCCAUGGAUUCCUCAAUAUCUCAAGAGAAUAAUUUUCAUGAACAAAUCUUCCAAUAUUAGAUUGUGGCAUUCGAGUGACCAAUGGCAUGAAAAAACUCUCAUCCCUUAUGGAAAAUUCCCUAAAGGUUUAAGACAAUUCCUGCUCUAUAAAGAUUGGAACAGAUUAAGUAUGUGGGUUCCUGACCCUAAAAAUUUACAAGUGAAAUUACAUAAUGACAUCAAACAUUCCAAUCAUGUCACCCAAAUUCGCAACAUUCUCAAUAGCAUGGAUUUUGGAAAAAUCAAAGACGAAAGCAAAUACUACAAAUAUGUUGGUAACAACACAUCCAUGUCAAACCUCUUGAACAAAGCUACACUAAUUGGUACUGACGGAUCGUGUAACAAUAAUAUUGCUGGAUACGGUAUUGUAACUGAUCAGAAUGUUUCCAUCUCAAGUCACACCUUAGGACAAGGAACUUCCUACAACAGUGAAGUUCAAGCGCUCCACACAGUUGUUAGAUUGCUAGAUAACAACACUCCUAGAACAAUAGUCAUAGAUGCGAAAAGUAUUUAUGACCAACUUUUCCAAUUCAGAAAAUCUAGAGAUCCUUAUGUUGAAGAAAUUCGUAAUUAUUUAAAAAUGAAGGAUCAGAUCAAAAUUAUGCAUGUUAAUAGUCAUACAGGUAAACAAGAUAUCUAUAGCCGCAUAAAUGAAUUAGCAGAUAGGGCUGCUAAGAAAGGUGCUGAUUGUAACAAUAUUCUUACUAAUAUUCCAUCCAAUAAUUGGUAUAUUAUUAUCAACAAUGUAUUAUACACUCAAAACACUAGACAAACAAUGUACAAACUUCUAUUUCAACGCCUCCACAAAAGAACAUAUACGCCAAAGAACCUUCCUCCCAAGAACAGAAAGUUCACCAACAUUUACCCCUCAAUAGGAAUCGGUUUCAAAACCUUAAAUCUAAUAUUUAAAAUUAGAAUGAACGUGAUGAAGACUUUGGAAAAUUUAAACAAGAUAUCCAAGACGAACUUGCUAUGUCCUUGCUGUAGUAGAGAGACAAUGCAACACAUUAUUUUUGAAUGUAAAUACUAUAGUGAUAUAAGAAAAGAAAUGUUUAGGAAUUUAUAUAAUAUCUCAAUAUAUGCAAAGAAUAACAAGAAAUUCUCCAAACGACUAUUGUACCUCAUCAAGACUAAACAAGAUAUCCAUAGCCUAACAGGUGCUAAAGUUGGAUUGGGUAAGAAAUGGGACAAAGUAUUUACUAAGGAAGCUUAUCGAUCUAUUACUAAAAUGUGGAUGAAACGAAAUCAUUUUUUCAUGGAAGAAUUGAAACUCACCUGGAAUGAAUUUGAACAACAAUACGAUUUUAAUCCUAAUUUCAUUGAUUUGAACAAGUUUAAACUAUACAUGAAAUACCCACGACCAUGA